CACUCAACUUCCCUGUGAUCAGCCAUGGAGGGUUCCAGGAGACUUCUUCCAGCCAUUCUCCUACUCUUUCUGCUUCUGACCUCCUCUGGAAUUGGGAUCAAAGAGGUAGAGGCGAGGAUAUGCGAAUCGGCGAGCCAUAAGUUUAAGGGGCUCUGCAUCAGGGCCAGCAACUGUGCCAAUGUUUGCAAGACUGAAGGCUUCUAUGGAGGGCAUUGCCAGGGCUUCCGCCGCCGGUGUUUAUGCACCAAGCAUUGUUAGUUGAGGACUAUCAUGGAGGAGGUGGUUAGGUUGUGUUUUGCCACUUGUUUUCUGGUCAUUUUGUGAAACAAUCUGGGUUGAUACACUGAGUUUGUCCUAGGCCUGUGGUUUAUCUAUGUCCAUUUUCUAUAACUUGAUGAUGAAUUGAGUUGAAUAACAAUAA